GCUCUGUCCUCUUUCACUCGUUGAUCUUUCUCCGUCGCUGAACAGGUUACCCACCGCCACACCAUUCACCAGAGUCACUGCCGUGAACACCACUCAGUGGCAAUCGGACCAUUGAGGUACUACCGGUUGUCGCUCUCCCGUCGUUGGAGUAUUCGAACAAAACCGGCUCACGCCUCCGUCGUCGGUGAUUGUAACAGGACCAACUCGCAACCCUCGUUGUCGUACUUACCAUCACAAACGCGUCUUCAUAAUACAGGGGCCCCUCUCGCCAUCUCCGUAACAUAACCAAAUCGGACGAAAAAUAGUCUGGGUUUUCUGGAACCUCUCCGAAAGUGAACAUCGAGUGAUUUGGGACGCAAUGUCCAAAUCUUGCAAGGGGUUAGCUAUGGAACUCGUCAAGUGUCUCAGCGAAUCCGAUUGUGUUAAGGUUGAGAAUCGAACCUAUAGGGAAUGUGCCGGAGAGAAGGCUCCGUCAAUACCUAGUGAGUGUGUUGGACUUAGGGAAACUUAUUUCAAUUGCAAGAGAGGCCAGGUGGACAUGAGAGCUAGGAUUCGUGGUAACAAGGGCUACUAAGAGCUGCAGAUCUUGAUGCUCGGAAGCCUGAACCUUGAAAGAUAGUUUUUCAAGCUUCUGAGAAAAUAAUUUUGGACACUGAACUAACCAAGAUAUUAUUGAAGCUAAUAAUUGCAUAUUUUGACGAUAUUGUUGGUUACAUGAAAGUGAUAGUGUUUAUCGCCGGAGUUUACGCCUUCUUAAUGCAUUUCUCUAUGAGCUUCACUUUUAUGAGUUACUAGAGACAAUGAGCAAGAAUGGUGGCAUAAGCUCAUGCUAUGCUACAAGAGAAACCAACAGGUAUAGAUAGGGUGAUCUUGGUGCUAUUGUACGAGGCGGAAAGAAUUAUGUUGAUUUUUGCUUGUGAAUUGUACUUUUUUUUUUUUUUUAAACAA